AGAAUCUAGAUUAUUCUAGAUAGAAGUAUCUUAGUAUCUAUUAUACUAUCUAACGUACCAAUCUAGAUCUAGGAGGAAACCCCAAUCACUUGCAAUCAUAUAUUUGCCUAUUUUGUGUAUUGUAUUCUGUCAUCACUGCUCUGGUUUUGUAAAAUGUUAUUCUAGAUGACUAGAUCUAGUAAACUAAACUAAAGUAGUAGAUUUAAGUAGAUCUACAAAUAAUCUUCUAAACAUGUUUCGGCAGAACUGUUGUCAGUGUCAGUGUUGUUACUUCUUUCUUUUCUAGACUCUACCUGCUUUAAAUGUAGAUUUGUGAUCAUGAAAGAUUCAAGGAAAGAGACUGAUUCAGAUAUUAAUUUUAUCCUGGCCAAUAAAAUAGCACAAGAAGCUUUUAAUGCUUACAAAGAAUUACCUAAAAAAGGGAAACCUCAGCCAACUAAGGAAUGGACCUUGCUUGCAGCUGUUGUGAAGUCUGCCACUGGAACUACAAAAGAUGAAGUUCAGCUGGAAACAAUUGCUAUUGGAACUGGUUCUAAAUGCAUUGGAAAAUCUAAAAUGAGUCCUAAAGGUGAUAUACUGAAUGAUAGCCAUGCAGAGAUUUUGGCUAGAAGGGCUUUUUUAAGAUACUUGUAUGAUGAACUAGGCAAAGCCUAUGAAAAUAACUCAAGCAAAGUUGUUCAGCUGUCAGAUGUAGAUGGGCAUUGUCUUUGCUCAUUGAGACCAGGAGUGAAGUUUCAUUUCUUUACAAGUCAUACUCCAUGUGGUGACGCUUCAAUAUUUCCUAAGCAGUCAACACAAGAAAAAGAUAUUAAGAAACAUAAUUCAGAGAAUUUACAAUCAGCUUGCAAUGAAAAAAUAAACAUUCCCUCUUGUGAGUUGAUCAUAUCAGAACCUACUAAUGGAGAUCAGCAUGUACCAACACCACAUGUUCAUGACCACAGAGAAUCUCACCAUGAAGCAGAAACAGAAAUGUUGCCAGAAGAUUGCUAUCAAGUUAUUCAUUCAGAGACUGGGGAGAUGUGUGAAAGAAUAGGUCAUGGGUCCACUUGUUUUAGAUGCAAAGACAAAGAUGUGUCCCAACAGGAUCCAAGGUCAAGAAAAAGAAAAUAUGAAGAAAAUGAGGAAGAUGAUGACUUUGUUGGUCAGGUUUCUCUUGCUGACAUUUACAGAACUGGAGCCAAAUGUGUUCCCAAUGGUAAGCAGGAUGCCAUGGGUCCAGCAUCAAGUUAUCACACAAUAGGAGUCCUGCGAACCAAGCCUGGUCGAGGGGAGAGAACAGAAAGCAUGUCAUGCAGUGACAAACUCUUGAGAUGGAAUGUCUUGGGAUGUCAAGGGGCCUUAUUGUCUUUGUUUUUACAAGAGCCUAUUUACUUUUCUUCAAUAAUUGUGGGAAAAUGUCCUUACAACAAAGUUGCCAUGAAAAGAGCAGUCUACUCUAGAAUCUUACCAGUUUCAGAGCAAUUACAUCCACCAUAUAAAGUUCAUUUACCAGUGCUUUUACAAGCCACAGAUAAAGAGUUUGAGCACAGUAGAUAUCAAGUAAAAAUGUGUCAGCUUACAAUGUCAAGAAAGAUAGUUCCAUCUGCUUCAGCUGUUAUGUGGUGCAAAUCUCAUUCCUGUUGCCAUGAUGUUACAGUUAAUGGUAGACGUCAAGGUGUAGUGAAAGGAAGCAUCAAUUCACCCAAAGCAAGAAGCUUAUUUUGCAGUCAUUCCUUGUUCCAAUGCUUUCAUGAUCUUAUUAAUAAAAUAGAACCUGAAAAAUUACCACAGGCUUUAAGAUGUGACAAUUUAAAAAGCUUAAAUUACUGGGAGACCAAAAGUCUAGCAAAAGAUUAUCUUAAAAUAUGGUUAAAGUUAAAAGAAUCUGUGUUGAGUGCUUGGAUUUCAAAGUCUAGAGAGUUGUUACAAUUCAAUAUUGAUAAUGUUUUAUGUGCUUAAAGCUGAACUUUAUAUUAUUCUAUAAAUACAUUAUGCUAACCUAAA